AUGGAUUCCGGCGACCCGACAACUCUGCUUUUAACGAAAAUCAGGACCUUGGACCCAGAUUACGCUCCGAAGAUCAUCGGUUAUCUUCUGUUACAGGAUUUCGGGGAGAAAGACUUGAUGAAUCUGGCGCUUGGACCCGAAUCAGUGUUGCAGUCCAUUAUUCUGAAAGUGAAAAGUCAGUUGGGACUUUUCUCGAACAACUUGUCUUCGCCUCCUACUCCGCCGUCUCCUUCUCCGUUGAACCCUAUUUGCCGUCCACCCAUUAACGGAAGAGGAGGAGGAGGCUCUCACUCUAAUGGGUUCAUGGAUUUCCGUAGAAACUCCCCAUCGUCUCCUUCUUCCACCUCUCCCUGGUCAAUCAACAGUCUGAACCCUAGUAAUGGGAGCAACGCCCACAUUUCCCCCAGACACACACCUCUCCUUUCGCUCGACGGUGUUCGUACUGCAUCGAUCUCGAAACCCUUGAGCUCUCACCAAAACAACGGAGUUUCUGCUACAGAUUCCUGUGCUGACGCCGCUGAUCUACUUGAUGAUCAGCAACUAAAUGAUUGCCUUUCAUUUCUCGACGAUUCCUCUUCGAAAGCCGAGGAUGUUGCGGAUCCAAGGAUUCCCUUGGACUACUCCGUCGACAAUGGCGAAACCCAUCUGCACAGGAGGAGUUUCUCGGCAGAUGCGUCUUUUGGGUCCGGAGAGGAUGGAUUCGGUGCUGGAUGCAAGCCCUGUGUGUAUUUUAGUCGAGGGCUGUGCAAGAACGGAGAAAGCUGCAAGUUUGUCCACGGAGGAUUUCCGGAUAACGUUGACGGUAAUGGCAUUGUCGCUGAUUCGCCAAGGAAAAUGGAGAACUUUGUGAGGCAGCAGGAGGAGAUUAUGAGGCUGAAAAUGGUUUAUCAGCAGCAGAGGCUGGCUUCUCAAAUCCUGGCCAGGGCUCCCCAGCAGCUGCCAUACGAGAAGAGAAUGGAUCUUCUCUUGCAGCAGCAUGCUCACAGAGAUGGUGCAUUGUCUUUUGGUGAUGAAAGAUAUUGGAGCAGUAGCCCAGGACGGCUUGAGAGGAUGGAGCUAAUGGCAAUGCAUUUUGGUGAUCAGUCAGGCUCGGCAUCUAGACAGAUUUACUUGACAUUCCCAGCUGACAGCACGUUUAAGGAUGAGGACGUUGCAACCUAUUUCAGCCUUUUCGGAACAGUGCAAGAUGUGCGGAUUCCAUACCAGCAGAAGCGUAUGUUUGGCUUUGUUUCCUUUGCCCAUCCUGAGACGGUGAAGGUUGUACUAGCUAGAGGGAACCCCCACUUCAUUUGCGACUCACGUGUUCUUGUCAAACCUUACAAAGAAAAAGGCAAAAUCUUGGACAAGAAGCAGCAGCAUCUGAUACAACAGCAGAUUGAGCGUGGGAAUUACUCCCCAUGUACCAGUCCAUCUGGGAUUGAUCCUAGAGAACAGUCUGAUUUCCACCUUGGUUCGAAGAUGAUGUUCUAUGAGAGGCGGGAGAUGAUGAGAAGGAAAAUGGAGCAGGCUGAUCUGCAGAGGGCUAUUGAAAUUGAAAGAAGACGCUUCAUUAAUUUGCAGCUUCCUGAGUUCAAGAAUGGCGGCGUCGUGCCCAAUCAUCAUCGUAGCUUCUCUGUGGGGUCUCCUGGUUAUUUUUCAUCUGCCAGCAACCAAAGUCCUGAAUUUCAAUCUGAACUCAUUGGUGCAGAGGCUUUAGAAGUAGUUGAUGAUACCUCGGAGCUGCAUCCUUACCCAUCAAUCAACUCAAGGACUAUUAAAAGUAAUGACUCAAACGGUGCAAAAGAAGGGACCAACGAGAGUGAAACGCUUGAACCCGACACUGGAAGCACUAUAGAGCUUGUGCUUCCUAGUAACCUCUUCCCUUCUGCAACAUGUACCAAUGACCAGAAAAUUGAUGAUUCUGCUGAAAGUAAUGCGAAAGCUGCAGUCUCCUCUACUAACGAAGAUGAGCAUGAACCACCAGCUACUACCAGUAACCUGAUGCAAUAG